AUAAUUUCGGAAAAAGUGUCAUGGCAGAUAGUAUUGAGAAACUCAAAAAUGACAAAAAGCUUCAAGUCAUGGCAAGUGAAGUUCAAGCUAUUUGCGGGGAAAAAAGUUUAGAAGAAAUCCUUGUAGACCUUUAUAAAACACAAAGCGUAGAACUCACGAUUAAUCGUAUCUUUGAUGGAAAUUUCCUUGAAGGAACACGUUUAGAUCCUUUGAAAGUUUCAAAAAUUUCAUUCCCUAUCCACCUAUUAAAUGAGGAUUACGUCACAUCGACAAAAAACCAACCAAUUAAAACUAAUUUUAAUAAUGAACUUUUAUCAACAAAUUCUGCAAAGACUAAUUCAUCCACCUUUAUUACUUCAGAAUUUGAUGAUAAACCCAGUUUCAAGAGAUUACCAUCAGAUCUGGAAUCAAAUUUUAUAUUUUCCUGUUCCAUAGAUGAUAAUAUCAAACCAAUUAAAAAUUCAACCUGUUCAACUGGAUUUUCAAAAAAUCUUUCUCAUAUUCAAGAUAGAAAAGAAAAGUCCUCAAUUAAUUUGACAACGAAAAAAAACACAAACAGAAAUAGUAUAAUCGAUUUAACUGCUGAAGAUGAAGAUAGUGAUGCGACUUUGAGAUCAGAGGAUUCACAUGAACAAAACUUACAAAAACCAGCGUAUGAAUUUCAGCCUAAAAUAAUAUCGAAUGAACAUCAAUCCAAUGUAUUAAAGUUAAAUCAAGGAGAAAAUAAGAAUCUCAUAGAAACAACAAUUGAUAAUCUAAAUUAUGAUGAUUCCGUAACGCAUCAGAAACGUAAACGUAAGGACGUAGUGGGUCAGGCUAAUGUAAAUCCAAAAAUGACAGAAGAAGAUAAAUUAGCUGCUAAAAAGAUUAAAGAAGCCGAAAAAUUGGAGAAGAAAACUCAGAAGGAACAACAGAAAUUGGAACGUAAAAGACAAAAGGAAGAACGCGAGGCCGAGAAAAAAAGGCUUAAACAAAUUCAGGAAGUUAACAAAAUCAAGGGCAAUAAACUAGAAAUAUGUCGAGAAAUAAUAGUUGAUGUUUCAAAUGAUUUAUCGAGUAAAUCUCUAGUUGAUUACUUACGGGAUAAUCCAAAAUAUAAUUAUAUGACUAUUAACACUUUUCAGCACGAUAUUCCUAAUAUUAUUAAAUGGCGAAGAAAAGUUACUGCAGAAUGGGACGAUGAACUUUGUGCUUUCAUGCCAAUUCCAGAAAAGAUUCAGGAUGAAUCGUUUUUAUUGAUUUAUUUUGACGUGUCAGAAUUUAUCAAACUUAUUAAAGAUGAUAAUUUAUCAGAAAAUAUCAAUAGAUUAAGAGAAACUUUUAUCAACAAGAAAUUAGUUAUAUUAAUUGAAGGUUAUGAAAAUUAUUGUCGCAAGAGAAAAACACAAAUUAAUCGGAACUUUACCGAUGCUGUUCGAUUAGGUAUAGAAGAUCACGAUGUCGAAGAUAUGGAAACCACUAGGGUUCCAACAAAAAAAAAGAAAAAGAAUUAUGAGCAAGAACCUGACCUCGAGGAAGUGGAAGAGAAGUUUUUGUGGUUGCAGAUUAUUGCGAAAUGUCUUAUUAUUCACACAAAAGAUUUUGAGGAUACAGCAGAAACGAUAGGCAUCUUGUCAACUGAUAUUGCAACUAUACCAUACAAGAAUCGUAAUUGUGAUUUGAACUUUUGGGUUGAGGGACAAGUUCGUGUUGGAACAGGAUCUAGUGAUACUUGGCUGCGUAUGUUACAAGAGAUUCAACUUGUGACUGAGCCGGUAGCCAGAGGGAUUAUUAAUAUAUAUCCAACCGUCAAAUCGUUAUAUGAUGCAUAUAAGAAGUGUUUAACUAGAGAAGAAGCAGAAAGUCUUUUGUCGUUUGUUGAGAUUCCUAAUACUGGUUUUGCGCAACGUCGAUGUAUUAAUAAACCUCUAUCAAAAAAGAUAUAUGAGAUAUUUAUGGGAACUGAUCCGGAUUAUAUAAUUUCUUAAAAAUAUUUAUUUACAUGAAGGAAUUUAAUUUUAUCAAAAAGUAAUUUUCUUUAUCUCAAAGAACUUUAUUCAAGAUUGCUAAUUUGUUAGAAAACCUUCAUUAAAGAUCGAAAUUUAUUAUACCGAUAUAACUAUUUGAU